AUGUGCGCCCUGCCCCAACUGUACGCGGCUCUGAUGGUGUUCUCCUGCGUGGCCUCGGUCAGCGGGAACCUGCUGCUGCUUCUGUUGCUGCUGCUGCACAAGAAUCUGCGCAGCGACACCUUGAUCCUGACGCUCAGCUGCUGUUUCAGUGACAUCACUCUCAGUCUCUCUGCCUUCCCAUUGGCUGUUUACCACGCUGUGCCAAACCCCCCCGGCCCCCCCCCCAGUGAUGGAGUCCUCUGUCAGGGAGGGGGUUUCCUGCUUCUCCUGCUCCAAACCUCCUCUCUGUACUCGUUGUUCUGGACCUCCGUGGAUACGUUUGUGGAUAUCUGCUUUGCGUUGAGUUACAGCAUGAUAGUGACUCCGGGUCGAUGCCGCUUGGUGCUUCUGAUGAUGUGGAGUGGCUGCCUGGGGGGGGCCGCGCUGCCCCUAAUGGGGUUCGGACACUACACCUACAGAGAGGACAGAUACCUGUGUGGGCCAGACUUUAGCCCCGCCCACACAGCGUUCGUGAUGCUGUGGUUGGUGGGCAUGUUUGUGCCUCUGGUCGCCAUGGUUUCACUGUACAGUCACGUGGUGAUCGUGGCGAGGAAACAAGCGAGGAGAGGAACGUUCAUCUGCAACGAGAUCAACUGCCACUACGUUCCUGCUAACAUCUACCUGAGGAGCUCCAUCGCCAUGCUGUCCACCUCAG